UUUGUCACAUGCUUUAUUCAGUCCGUAUACUUCUUGCAAUGGAGUUUUGCAAUCUUCACAAAAUUUCACACGUUUUGAUCUUUAUUUUCUCUUCUAACAAGUGUCUCUUCACCUAACUAGGGCAAGUACCUUACAAUUAUGGCUAGCCAAAUGGGAACCUCCCUUUAAGGAUUUCCGGACGCAGUGUACACACUUUUUACGGAAAGGGAGGUGACCGAUUUAUCUCGAAAAAGUUUCAACCGGAAGUGCAAUCUCAGGGCAGACUAUUAUUGUGCAGUAUUUAAUAACACACUAUUUAUACAAAAAACAUACAUAGCACACAUAAGCUAUCAUUACACGAGCAACAACUUUGUAAAAUGUCAAAGGCGACUAAACGAAAACAUGUAGAGAAGGAGGUCUUGGACGAUUAUGUUCUUCCUGAAGGAGACCUAGAAGUAGUAAAGGUCACUGCUCCUCGGGGAAAUAACCUCCAUCAAAUAGAAACAGCAGCUGGAGAGAAUUAUCUUGUCAGUAUGCCUACUAAAUUCCGCAAAAAUGUCUGGAUAAAAAGAGGUGAUUUUGUCCUUGUUGAGCCUAUUCAGGAAGGUGACAAGGUUAAAGCAGAAAUUAGGAACAUUCUCUAUAAAGACCAAAUAAAGUACAUAAAGGAACAGAGCAUGUGGCCAGUGGAAUUUGAUGAUGCAAAAAAGAAGACAAAUGGUGCCAUGAUUCCCGACGACAUGCUGCCACCUAGUGACAGUGAUGACUCUGAAUAUGAGGAAGACCUAAUUGUUAACACAAACCGUGUUCAAAUAGAUUAUUACAGUUCAGAGGAUUCAAGUGAUGAGGAAUUAUCAGAGAGUGAAAAUAAAGAAAAUGUUGACAUGUGUGAUGGACUUAACAAUUGUGGGAAUACAAGGGUACUUGGGAAAACUAAUGAAACUGUUUCCAACUCCAAGGAAGAAGUGCAAGAUAGAUAAAGGAUUAGGGAAUGAUGCAUAUGGAAGAAACAUAUGUGAAUUUAUGUAACCCAAGGAUGUACAUAUACUUCACAAAUGCCUUGCUUUUUAAUACAUUCUUCACAAAUAUAUGGGAUGAAUACUAAGUAAAGCAUGUUAAUAUAAUUCCAGGUAUUUUAUUUAUCAAGUUUUCUAUGAGAAAAAACUUUCAUGAAAAAUAAAUUAUAUGUCAAUUGAGCAUCUUUCAUAUUGAAAUAUUAUUAAGAUAUGUAGGUGUUCAUCAUAUAUUUGUUCAAGAAUAGUUAUACCUUUGUUAAAUUGAUUAAUGU